AUGAGGUUCGUUCCAUUUGUUGCGCUCGCUGCGCCUGCCCUUGCACAGUACGAUGCGAAGCCUGAGAGGGCUACCGUCAAGCCUCGUAAUACUGCCAGAGAGCUCGAGCUCGUCUCGCCCGAUGCUCUGAUCAAGCAAAUCAACCUCGAAGACUUGCUUGAGGGCUCUCAACAACUUCAGACUUUUGCUGACGAGGCUGGCGGCAACCGUGCUUUUGGUGGCACUGGUCACAACGCGACUACCGAGUGGCUAUAUCAGACCCUCAAGGCGACUGGUUACUACAAUGUCUACAAGCAGCCAUUCACCGACUUGUUCACUGCCGCCACCACAAAGUUCACUGCCGCUGGCGCAGAGCUCGACGCGGCAUACAUGACCUACGGUCCAUCUGGCGACGUCACCGCCAACGUUGUCAAGGUGAACAACCUCGGAUGCGACGUCGCCGACUUCCCUGCUGAUGUCUCUGGCCAAAUCGCCCUCAUCCUGCGAGGCACAUGCUCCUUCGCCAUCAAGUCGACCAACGCAAAGCUUGCCGGUGCUGUAGGCGCUGUCAUUUACAACAAUGUCCCCCUGACAUCCCUUGCUGGCACUCUCGGUGGCGUGGGCGACUACACCCCUACUGUUGGUGUUACACAGGAAGUGGGAGAGAGCAUUGUGUCCAAGCUUGGCAACGGCACUGUCGAAGCCACCCUCUUCAUCGACGCCAUCAGCGAGAACCGCACAAACUACAACGUCAUCGCAGAGACUAUAGAGGGCGACCACGACAAUGUCCUCAUGCUUGGUGGCCACACCGACUCCGUCUUCGCCGGUCCCGGUAUCAACGACGAUGGCUCUGGCACCAUCGGUACGCUCAUGACUGGUCUUGCAUUGACCAAGUUCAAGGUCAAGAACGCCGUUCGCCUUGGUUUCUGGGGUGCAGAGGAGUUUGGUCUGCUCGGCUCCUACCACUAUAUGAAGAGCAUCAACGGUAGCUUGGGCGGCAACAGCACCGAAGUAAACAAGGUCCGUGCGUAUUUGAACUUUGAUAUGAUAGCCUCUCCAAAUUUUGUCCUUGGCAUCUACGACGGCGAUGGCAGUGCCUUCAACUUCUCGGGCGCACCUGGCUCCGACAAGAUCGAGAAGGACUUUGAGGAGUUUUACGAGAGCCGUGGCCUUGCCCACGUCCCCUCCGUCUUCUCUCUCCGCUCCGACUACGCUGCUUUCCUUGAGAACGGUAUUCCAUCCGGCGGUCUCUUUACCGGCGCCGAGGAAAUCAAGACCGAGCAGGAGGCCACUCUCUUCGGCGGUCAGGCCGGCGAGCCCCUUGACGCAUGCUACCACGCAGCCUGCGAUGACAUCAACAACCUGGCUCACGACGCUUACCUCGUCAACACCCAGAGCAUUGCAAACUCUGUUGCCAAGUACGCCGUGUCAUUUGAGGGUAUCCCGAGGGCAAACAACACGCUUCGCAAGCGUGGUGCUGAGCGCGCUAGACUUUUGAGCCGAUUCGACGACGGCGGACAUGCUCACCACGGUCAGACCUGUGGUGUUGGAAAGAUUGCCAUUUAA